CCAUGGAAUCCCACUUCUCAUUAGUCUUCUUCUCCUUCCUCACAAUCUCCAUCCCAAUUCUAUUCAAGAGUCCCCUCGUCGAAGCCGAAGAUUAUGCGGUCGGGGAUUCCGAUGGAUGGACGACCGGGAUAAACUAUCUCGAGUGGUCGGAAAAGUACAACUUCACAGUAGGAGACACCUUAGUCUUCAAGUAUGUCCUCAAUCAACACAAUGUUUAUCAAGUGACCGAAACUACGUUUCGAUCUUGUGAUGCGAGCUCCGGAGUCAUUUCGAUACAUUUAAGUGGCAAUGACCGAAUCGAACUUACUGAGCCAACCAAAUACUGGUUCAUCUGCAACACGAAGGGGCACUGCAAAGGAGGGAUGAGGUUCGGUAUCAACGUCACAGCCACGAGCGGAGAAACUCCACCGCCGCCAAGCGGAGAAACUCCACCGCUGCCAAGCGAUGGCAGCUCUUCACCACCUCCGCCCGCUCCGGUGACAGCCCCCGGAGGCAAUGCCGCAGCACACGGCCGAGAAAUGAGGUGGUGGUUAUGUGCACCGGUGGUGCUGUUUGACUUGGUUUAUUGGUAGACUUGGUCUCAGUGCAUUGAUUGGUUGCUCAUUUGUGUUUGUUUGCUGUAUUAUCAUUCAAAUCAUCGGUUUGUAUUAUAAAUGCAACUCUGUAAUGGAAGUCAAAUAAAUAAAUCAAUCAGUUCAACAAUACUAAUAAAAAAAAAUAAAAGAAUGUACUGCUCGGUUAGUCCAAUUCUACAAUUAGUUAAAAUCAAGAAGAGGAAAAGAAAAAUAAAUAAAUAACACUUGAGCCUAGAGACGAUGAAACCGGUGUCUGGCAAACAAAGACAUGACUUUUACAAACUAUAGUUAACCUUUAGUGGUGAACUUAGCCGAGGAAUGACAACAGGCUAACAAUGAGCAGGCAUC